AUGAUAAGGAAAAGGCUACAAUAUUUAAAGAAAGAUUAUUUAAAAUAUCAAUAUAGAAAUAUUAUAUCAUCAAGUAUUAAAAAGAGAAAACAGAAUUAUAAAGGAGAAAGUUUAAAUUUAUAUGUAGCUUUCAAUUAUAAUAUAAAUUUGUGUCAUGAACGAUUUGACAAGAAUAUUUAUUUGUAUGAUGUGAACUCUACCAUUUUUAAACUUUCCAAAUAUAUCCAUAAAUUCAAGAAAUAUAUAAAAAAUCAAACAACCAAAAAGAAGGGAUAUGAAAAGAAUGAUAAAUACAAUUAUAAAAUAGAACAAUUAUUUAUGUGUUAUAUUUCACUUCAUAACAAUAUUAAUAGAUAUAUAUUUUUAAGAUUAACAAGAGAUGUUUUAAAUUUCCCACCUUUAAAAGAAAAAAUAAUUAAUGACAAAAAAUAUUAUGAAUAUCUUUUAUAUGAAAUAAUAAAAUGUGGACAAGAAAAUAAAGUUGAUAAAAUACAUUUUUAUGAAUAUGUAAUAAAAAUCAUUUCAAGUUUCUUAUUGAAUUCUACUUUAUUUUUCAAUGAACUUUUUGAAAGGGAAUUUUUUUUAGAUUUCUUAAAUUUAAUUAAAAAAGAAGAUAUUAAUAAUUAUAUCAAUAAUUUUACAUAUCUGCUUUCAUGUAUUUCAUUAUAUAAAAGAACACUGAAGAAAAAUAAUACUUUUCAUAACAAUAAGGAUAUAAUAUUAUCAUCUAAGUUUUUAUCUGAAAAUAAUUCAAAUAUAUUGAUAGAAAAAAAGAAGAUGGAACUAUUACUAGAUAGCUUACAUAUUAUAUUACAAAUUUUUGAUAAAAUACAAAAUUACCAUUAUUUUAAACAAAUAGAUAUAUGUAAUAUAUUUGAUUUUUUAAAUGAAUUUAAAUCAUUUCAUAAAAUAAAAAUAUGUAUUCUUAUAAAUAUUCAUAAAUAUUUGAUUCCCUCAAGUGACAUGAAACACUUGUGUUUAUUAUUGUAUUUAAUAACCUCAAAUAAGAAUAAUAAUAAUAAUAAAAAUAAUAGAAAUAUAUGUAAUGAGUAUAUACAACAAAACGCCUACAAAUACAUAUACAAUAUUAUUUUUCUAAGAAGAAAUGAACUAUAUGAUAUUAAAAAUUGGAACCUCUUUUUAUUAAGCUUAAUAAAAUAUAAAAAAAAUGAACGCACCAAUAAAAUUAUGAGAAAGGGCAAAAUCAAAAAUGUAAAAAUGAUAAAAAUAAAUGAAAAAAUAAAUGAUAAAAUAAAUGAAAAAAAAAAUGGACACAUAAAUGAAAAAAUAAAUGAUAAAAUAAAUGAUAAAAUAAAUGAUAAAAUAAAUGAUAAAAUAAAUGAAAAAAUAUAUGAAAAAAUAAAUAGGCACACAAAUAAAAUAAGUCUUGUUUUAAUUAAUGGUGAAACAAAUAAAACUACAAAUAUGUCUUCAAGAUCACCAAAAAAAAGAAAUUAUAUAAAAUACAAUAAAAAGUUUGAAUUGUGCUUAAAUGUUAAAAAUAGUUAUAUGAAUAAAAAAAAAAAGUACAAAGAGAGAAUUUUAUAUUUUUCAAUCAAGAAUUAUUUUAUGCAAUUAAUAGAGCAAGAAAAAAAAAAAAUAAUAAAUCCUAAAUAUAUAAAAACAUUUUAUGAAUAUUUUUCUUUUUAUCAUAUAAAAAAAAAUUGUAUAAGAAAAAAAAAUUAUAUAUCACCACUAGUUUUAAUUCAAAAUUAUGAAAGUGAAAAAGAAAAACAAAAAAAAAAAAAGAAUAAUAUAUGUUAG